AUGGAAACAGACAAACCUCUCUUCCCAAACCUUCCCCAUUUUCACGAUGAGAAAAACACUGAAGAACAGCGCGAGAGAGACCACCAGUUCUCCCCCACCGCCAGCGACCGCCACCACCACCACGAAGAGGUUGUUUGGGAUUCCAUUCGGUAUCUGUUGGUCAUUUGGUGCGUCCGAAAUGAUGUUUUGUUUUCCUCUAAAUUGUUAGAUGUCGACUUUGAUAACUCGUUUGGCAUGAUUGCGAGAACUGUGUACCAAGUGAUACAAGUUUUUUAUUUCAUAAGCAGGGAGUUCUAUGUGCUGUUCCUCCUUGUAACAGCCACCAGUGAUGUUAACUCCCCAAUAUCGGGCGAGGUUGUUGAAGUCAACUCAAAACUUACUGAAUCACCUGAUUUGGAAAAGCUUACUAUUGAAGGGAUGAAAAUGGUGGCUGAAUACAGGGCUCGGAAGAAGAAAAAUGAUGAAAGGGUAAUUCUUGCAAAGAAAUUCUUAUCACCCAAGGUCAAAGCCACCCAAAGAUUUUAGAACCCUCUAAACACAUUGCUAGUCAAAGCAUGGGGUCAAGCCCUUCAAGUGCAGGAAAUGUGGCAAGUCAUUGAAGCUAUUCAAGUGAAGCAAGAGCAAGAAAAAUGAUCAAUUUGUUGUAAUAUGAAAUAUAAAGUUGUAAUUUGUUGGACUAUCAAGUUGUAGUAUCAAAGUUUUGGUUUUGCGAAAUCUAACUUUGUAUGUAAUUGAUAAUUGUGAUGAGAACGACCCAG